GCUUCAGUCCCACUCUGUGCCUCCCUUCCAGAAGAUCCCAUGGCCAACAAGAGCUCUGGUCAAGAGUCAGAAUCUAUUCCAGAGUAUACAGCCGAAGAGGAACGAGAAGACAACCGGUUAUGGAGGACAGUGGUGAUUGGAGAACAGGAACAACGGAUUGACAUGAAGGUCAUCGAACCCUACAGGAGAGUCAUUUCUCACGGAGGAGACUCAGGAUACUAUGGGGACGGUCUGAAUGCCAUCAUUGUGUUUGCCGCCUGUUUUCUGCCAGACAGCAGCCGGGCAGAUUACCACUAUGUCAUGGAAAACCUUUUCCUAUAUGUAAUAAGUACCUUAGAGCUGAUGGUAGCUGAGGACUACAUGAUUGUGUACUUGAAUGGUGCAACCCCCAGACGGAAGAUGCCAGGUCUAGGCUGGAUGAAGAAAUGCUACCAGAUGAUUGACAGACGGUUGCGCAAGAAUUUGAAGUCAUUCAUCAUUGUCCACCCAUCUUGGUUCAUCAGAACGAUCCUUGCGGUGACACGGCCUUUUAUAAGCUCAAAAUUCAGCAGUAAAAUUAAGUAUGUCAGUAGUUUAUCUGAACUCAGUGGGCUGAUCCCAAUGGAUUGCAUCCACAUCCCAGAGAGCAUCGUCAGGUACGAUGAAGAAAAAUCUUUUAAGAGAAGUGUGAGACUGGAUGAAGAACUGAGGGAGGCAUCAGAAACAGCUAAAACUAGCUGCCUUUACAAUGAUCCGGAAAUGACUUCUAUGGAGAAGGAUAUUGACCUGAAGCUGAAAGAAAAACCCUAGCUAGCCGGCUGGAGGAGGGAUCACUUCCUGCUUCGUGGUUCUGCUGACAUGCCUACCUGGAAGAGACGGGGCUCAUGUCACCUCCUGCACCACCUGGUGCCAUUGGAAAUGUCUGAAGGGGGAUAAAUAUGAAAAGAAUUUGUUUACUGUUAAAAUAUUUUAUGAAAUGUUGUGUAUUUUCCUAUUUUGCCAAUUACGUGCCUCAACAAUUUUAGUUGAACCUUAGCAAGAAAAUAGAACCUUCCAUUUUAAUAUUCUGUUAACCCUUGGUGCAGUGGGACUUGGUUCCUUAGACUGGCUUUUACCAAAAGCAUAGCCUAACUCUGCUGUUAGACAGAUGAGGAUGCAUGUCCGUAGUCUGACUGAAUUUCCCUGUAGAGCUUGUUCUAGAUUUAAAAUGCAAAGGGCUUGCCUUGUCCUGGGAAUGCAGUUCUCUAGAAACUCUAUGAAAAGCUGAGACAGGCAGCUACGACACCCUCAUCAGCUAAGGUACCUGCUCCCUCCCUGUCCACUUGAGUCUUCUUUAAAUUUUCUGGAGAACAUAGACUUUCUAACCCAUGUAAGCUUUACAUAGCUGCAUGCAAUGGCUCUUUUAGGACAUUAUUUCACUAAUGAUCUUUGGAGAACUUCAUGUUGUGAAAGUUAAGAUGAACAUCAAAUUGUCAAUAGCUAACUAUCAUGCUUCAGGCCACAAAGCAGGUUCAAACCUUUAAACUCCAAGUGCCAACUCCAAGGUGGCCAACUCAAACAUAAUUUGGUAACAUUGAAUCAUCCAAAAUUAACACUCAUGUGCAUUGCAAAAGCAACCUGCUUUCAGAGGUAUAAAAUUAAAUGCAAGUGUAUACUAGCCUUUAUGAAAUAGUUCGUUUCUUGUUUUUCUAUACCCUUUAAAUUGCCAGUGUAAUUUCUAAUCUGUGGAUCUCUAGAGGUUGGCAAGCUAUGCUGAGGGUAGGGCUGCAAUACAAGCAAAGGUAGUUUCCUUCAAUCAGCCAUAUUUAACCAUACUAGCAAAUUUCCAGAUCUUAAUGUCCUCAAAUAAAGUAGGGCUCCACUACAAGCAAAGGUGGUUUCCUUCAAUCAGCCAUAUUUAACCGUACUAGGAAAUUUUACAGAUCUUAGUAUCCUCAAAUAAAAUGCAACUGAAACACAGGGAGACACAUUUGUUUUCAAACUGAUACUUCUUUCACGCCUUCCUCUCCAGAAUGGAGUAGUGACAAUGGAGUAGAGGAGAAAACAAACAAAACAUGCUGAUCCCUACGCUACCAGAUACUCCUCCCAAUCCCACCCUGGCCUCUGCACCUCUUGUAUCUAUUUAAAUGCUUUGCCAAACUGAUUGGGCAGAAGCAGCUGUAAACUCAUUUGGUUUUGUCGAAAACAUUUUUUGACAGGAUCUCACUAGGUAGCCCUAAUUGGCCUAGAACUCACUAUGUAGAUCAAGCCGGACUCAAACUUGUGGUGAUCCUCCUGCUUCAGCCUCCCAAGUGCUGGCAUUAUAGCACCACCAUAUCUGGCCUAGUAAAGAAAAUUUUGACAUUUACAGACAGUGGAAUUUCACCCAUGGCCUACUGAGAAAAGUGAGGGGCCCUUCUCACAGAAGCAUGCAAUGGCCAGACUCAAGCUGAAGCUAUCCAGAAAGCUCCUCUUGAGGGUCAUUCUCCAAACUCACCUGUUACCAGGCAGCUGGCAGGCACCAAGAUGGCAUGAAGACGGGCCCUGCCUGCUGGCUGUGUUGAGGAGAGCUGUCUACACUCUGAGCCCUGGAGAAGUCCCACAGCAAGACUUAGUUAUGCAUGUGAUGGGUUUCUCUGGGUCCUUUUGAUUCACGUCUGUUUCUAAUCUGCUCUUCCAUCUGAGCUCACUCCAUAUAUAUGGGCCAGUUCCCUUUUCUUCAUAAGCCUCCACAUCACCUUCUAGAUUCACCUAUUGAUCCCUUUCAACUUGGUAUCUUUUCUGACCUUUGUUUGUUUUUGUUUUCAUCUCCCUCCUCGUUACAUUUAGCUAAUUUCAUAGGAAAACACCAGUAUCAGGCUUUCACAGCCUGCCCUGACCUUUGGAAGUCCAACCCUGAAUGAACAUCAUGGUGGCUUGAGUAUAAAUAGCUACCCAAUUAAACUCUCAUUUGCUCACGUGUCUAACACAUUAACUCCAUUCCUAUCCCAUUUGGAAGAUGAAUUACAGAUUCCCCAGCCGUGUUGAACCCAUGAAGUCAUGAGGACCUCAGAGUUCAACUCAGAAAUCUGUAGAUAUGGGGCUGUUGGAAGAGAUUGUUUUGCACAGCCAACUAGGUACGGUAACAAUCCCACCAUUUACACUUUCUUUGAACUUGUCCAGCCUAUGUAUGGAAGAUCACUCAGGUGACAUGACAUAGUAAAUUUAGUGUGAGCAUCUUUCAAAUAAAUGAUGUUUGGAAUACCCUGGGCUGUAAUACCAUUCCAAUGUUUAGGCUUAUGCUAUCUUAUUAUCUUCAAAAAAAAGUUACUUUAACUGCACGUACUAGAGAAAAGCUACCAUGUUCAUCAACUCAAUAGACUUCUGGCAAAUCCCUGAAAUAGCCCAUAAACAGGUAGAUAUAACUCUUGCAUUGCUCCACUCUAGUGCCUGCACCCUCAGCAUUCUUGCUUUGGUUCAGACUGCCAGGAACUGCUUUGCACUUUUUCCUGUCAAUUUGUAGUUGAGGGAACACCAAGGCAUCAUCAGGGCCAAAGUGGUGUUUUCAUUCUAAGUAGCAGCUACUGUUUAGCUAGCUUUAGACUAAGGGAUGGAACAACAAUCUGCACAGAAAGUAGUUGAUGAAGAGUGGGAUGUUGAGGGCAACAACUAGGGAUGAAAAGUCCCAAAGUUCCUGUUGAAGCCAUACAGUGUUAUAUAAGGUUCCUCCCUAGGGCAUACUGAUGAGCAAGGACGUCACUCUCCUUAGCCUCCAAUCUUAGGAUGUAGUUUUGAGGAUUUCUUUAUGGUUCUGCAUAACUACUGUCUUAUCACAAUGCCCCUGUGGUCUGCUACUUUAGGAUAUCUGUGUGUGCACAAAUUAACCUUUUAUAUAUUGAAAGAGUUUUCUACAUGUAUUGGAUUGCUCAGAGUAAAGUAUAUAUUAGACUUGUUUUGGUAAACAAAUACUACCUAAAUAGUAUGGAUCAAAAAUAUGAAAAUAUGUAAGAACACAUAUAGCUAUAUACCCUGGCUGUGUAACUCAGAAAUAAAAAUAGAUUCCACAUGGUGUGGUUUCCUUUUUCAACUUA